GAGAAACUGGCAGCGCGGCACUCGCUCGUCUGCCCAUUGCCCUGCCGUGUCGCCGCAGAUUGAUCCGGUCCGAUCCAUCACCGUGGCGUAGCCCAGCUCCGCCUUGUCGUCGUGGGCGCGUUCAUGGCGGUCCGGCUGGACCCUGGCUCUUUGAGGAUAGCAGUCGCUCCUGCUGAAUUUUGCACAUCAUCACCGUCAGCAUCGGCAUCGUCAUCACCACAGCUCUGCACUUCCCCAAACUGGACCAUCGAUGUCUCGGACGUCCGAACUAUCAAGGUGACCAACGUGCCUCUCUCGGCGACCGCGGAGAACAUGAAGGAGUUCUUCUCCUUCUCCGGCGAGAUCGAGUACGUCGAGAUGCGAAGGGACUCGGAGACGUCUCAGGUUGCUUAUGUCACCUUCAAGGAGUUCCAUGGAGCCGAUACAGCUCUGCUGCUCUCUGGAUCAAGCAUGUGUGGCGAUGUUUCCGUGAACAUCGCGCCGGUGGAAGACUACGAACUGCCACCGGAAGCGUACUCCCAUGCAGGAGCAAGGUCUCCGGGUCCGGGAACGCCGACGGGGGAGGCCGUGAAGAAGGCGGAGGAGGUGGUGAGCACCAUGCUGGCCAGGGGCUUCGUGCUGAGCAAGGACGCGCUGCGGCGCGCACAGUCCUUCGACGGCCGGCACCAGCAGCUGCUGUCCACGGCCACGGCGCGGGUGGCGUCGCUGGACCGCCGCCUGGGCCUCAGCGACAAGUUCAGCCUCGGCACGGCCGCGGCCCGCGGCGCGGCGCGCGGCGUCGACGAGCGCUUCCAGGUCACGGAGCGCGCCUGGGGGGCCUUCUCGGCGGCCGGGGAGGUCGUGGCCGGCAGCCCCUACGCGUCCCGCGGCGCCGCCUGGGUGUCGGCGGCCGUCGGCGCCGUCGCCCGGGCCGCGUCCGACGUCGGCGCCAUGACCAUGGAGAAGGUGGGCAGGGCCGAGGAGGAGGGGGAGGCCUCGGCGGCGGAGCAUGGUCACUACGCGUCGUCCCGUGUCGACGUGCACGACGGACAGGGCGGAGGUGCAGCUCAGCACGGUGACCAUAAUAAGGCAAUGUGAUAAAAGUAGCAGCGCGCACGAGUAUAAAUCCAUAAACGUUUUUUUUUUUUGAAAAAUAAGAUAGAAAUGUAACUGCAUGCAUCUGUCCGAUUAUUUUGACACAAUAAAUUCUAUAUCCUUAUCGGUUUGAAAUAAGUUCAGAUUAAUUUUGGCCCAAAAAAAGAUGUUUAUA